UUAUAAACAGAUGCAAAACCUUGUAUUGUCAUUUCUGGGUUCAGUUCAAGGAGAAUGGCCAAAGUGUUUCUUCUUUCCGCCCUCCUCGUUGGCCUGCUGCUCUUUGUAGCCGAUGCAUCUCGCAACACUCAGCUGACUGACAAGGAGAGCGAUGUGACUUACAUCGUUGAGGGGUCUCGUGAAGGUAGUAACGAGGCUGCUGGUCUCAAUGUUGUCAUCCCCUCCAAACACGGCCUCCAAGAUAAGUACUGCUGCCUGAAGGAUGGUUUGGGAUCAUGUGUUCAGGAGUGCGACUCCAAGAUCAAAUACUACUGCUGCCUCAAGACUGGACUCGGCGGCUGCAAGCAACUCUGCGAGACCAAUGUCGAAUACUUCUGCUGCCUCAAGAACCCUUUUGGUACCUGCUUUCAGCUGUGCGACUCGUCCAAGGAACACUACUGCUGCAAGAAGAACGUUUCUGGUUCCUGCGUUGGAAUGUGCCCCAAAACGGUGAACCUGAUGAAGUGAUCUGCGUUUGAUGACAAGUGUAAGCAACAUCUAAAAGCUUAUAAUUGCUGAUACUCUCUACAACUUUUAUAUUUUUACAAGAUUUUCGCUAUACUUUUACUUUU